AUGUUGCCCCAGUACAAUUCCUCUCGCCUCUUUUUGGGGAAGCACAGCUCUACACACUUCCCCUCUUCCCUGCCAGAGGUGGGGCUGGUGGUGAAGAUGAGAAAAGAUGUGAAGAAGGCCAGAGUCCUGACUGUUCGCAGAUUAACCAGACACAUCAGAAAACUGAAGCUGAAAAACGGUUCAGAAGACUUGAAAUUAAAGAACCAAAAACGGGCUGAGAGAUUAAUAGAAGAAAUACAUGCCAUGAAGGAAGUAAAGCCAGAUGAAGUUACCAGACUUGCUCUUAGGACAGAAGUUAAUUUUGAAAGUGUCUGCAGAAAGCCAAACUGUACUGCAACUGAGCGAGCCAUUGCAAGACUUGCAUCACAUCCCAUCUUGAAACCCAAAUUUGUUGAACUUAAAGCUGCUGUAACAGCUUUUAAGGAUUCAAGAAAGAGCCCAGCCAAAUCCAGUCCUUCAAAAAAGGCUACAUCAGAAGAAGAGGCUAAAUCAGCACAACCUUUCAAUAACAAUUUGGAUGACCAAGCUCUUAAACUAGCUCAAAAACAGCAAGGAUGUGAACACAAAACAAAGAUUAGUAUGAAAAUAGAAACUGACAGAGUGCCUGAAGAACUUUGUGAGAGUGACUCUGAGCAACAUGUGGAAAUAGAGAAAGCAUGUGCUCCAGAAGACUCCUCACUUCAGGCAGUACAAAUUCAAGCAGUCACUCAGAGUAAGACAGGAAAGAAACAUGCCUAUCAAAAAAGAAAAGAAAAUAUGAGUGUGAACAAAUUAAAUGCAAUAAAAGAAAGCAAGAAUGAUAGUAAACAGAAGCAUCCUAAUGAAGAUGAGUACUUUGAUGAUAGCACUGAGGAGAGGUUUUAUAACCAGUCAUCAGAUUCUGACAGUGACAGCAAUGAUGAUUUCUUCAUUGGCAAAGUAAAAAGAAAGAAAAAGAUAGCAGCAGUUACUGAUCUUUCUUCAGCAAAAGAAAAAGAUAGGCUUCAGGGAGAAAAAGUUCUGAAGAAAGAAAAGAACACAGCACCUGAGACAGCACAAGAUUUUAUCAUGGAAAAAGGAAAGCCACAUGCAAAAGGAAGCAAGAUAGAAUCAAUGUUCUGCAGUUCUUUGUCUACCUCUAAUCAGAAAUCUGAAAGCAGAAGAAGAAAUACUAAAGACCAGGCUCUUAGAAAUGGAAGAAAAGCUCUUCUUCAAAAGGAACCACAUCUCAAGAAGCAACAGUUUGCAAAAGCUGGAAGUAUUAAGGGUGACAAUAAGAAAGCACAUUUAGAGCAGCCUCUUCAUCCGUCAUGGGAAGCAAGCAAGAGACGCCGGGAACAAAUGUCUCAAAUUACAGCAUUCCAAGGGAAAAAGAUCAAAUUUGAUGACUAGACUAUAUGUAAACUGAGAU